AUGACAAAUACUAUUGCAGGAAAAUCGUCCCUUGGGCUGCAAGCCUACGAAACUGAUUCUAGCUCUAUUACUCCAGUUAUUGUUUCAAUCGUAGACAGUUCUGAGGUGUCAGUUAACACUGAUGAUGGUAAAGAAGGGAAAAUACAGGAACCUAUUCUAAAUGUUGAGGACAGUACAAGUGGUGAAACUUCAAACGAGCAGUAUCUACAUGGAACAAGACUCUGGGCUUGUAUGGUUUCAGUCUUGCUGUGUUUAUUUCUUCUUGGUUUGGAUCAAACAAUUGUUAUAACCAUAAUUUCAGAAGUUGGCAACAAGUUUAAUGCGAUUGAGAAAGUUGGGUGGUUAUCUUCCGGUUUCUUGCUCGCGGUAUGCAUUUUUGCUCCUUUCUGGGGCAAUUUCUCUAUAAGUUUUGGAAGAAAGACAACAAUGAUUAUUUCUGUUGUUAUCUUCGAGAUAGGAUGUUUAAUCUGUGCUUUGGCUAACAGUAUGGAAUUGUUAAUUGCUGGAAGAUUCAUUGCUGGAAUUGGAGGUGGUGGUAUUCAAUCGACUUCUUAUAUCAUCUGUGCUGAAAUCGUUCCGAUUGAACAGAUUCCUUUGUCCAUGAGUUGCAUAGCAAUGGUUUAUGCCUUGAGUACCAUCGCUGGUCCUCUAGUUGGAGGAGCAUUUACCACCCACGUCACUUGGAGAUGGAGUUUUUAUAUCAAUUUGCCUGUCGGUGCUAUUGCCUUGCUCCUUUUGAUAUUUUCCUGGCACCCACCAAAGUCUCAUGGAACUUUGAAGGAAAAGCUAAAGAAAAUCGACUACCUAGGAACUAUCCUCAUUAUUGUCGGUUUAGUUCUUAUCUUGCUAGCUCUCACUUUUGGAGCUUCUUAUGAAUUCCCGUGGAGAUCCGGUCUUAUUAUUUCCUUCUUCAUUGUGGGAGCGUUGUUCUUGGUUGCAUUUUGCAUUUGGAAUUUCAAAUACUCUCACAAUCCAUUGAUUCCGCUCAGUGUUGUAAAAGUCCCCCAAAUCAAUGCUGCGGCCGUGGGUAUGGGAUUCAUGUUUGCUUACUUCACAGCUACUACACUUUACCUUUCAAUUUACUUCCAGAUUGUCAGAAAUAGAACUGCAUUUCAAACUGGGAUUGCUUUAUUCCCAAUUAUCAUUGGGGUGGUUCUUAGUAGUGGAGUUUCAGGAUACCUUCUGAAAUUGACCGGUCAUGUCAAACUAUGGGUUGUGUUUGCUGGAAUUCUAGGUCCAAUUGGAGUCGGACUCCUUACUUUGUAUGAUGUUCAUAACCCCAAUUCCCAAGAUAUAGGUCUACAAAUUGUUCUCGGUGUAGCUCUCGGAAUUCAAUUCCAAGCGCUCCUCAUAUCAGCCCAAAUUAAGGCUCCUACUGUUCCAGGAGGGAAAAUCAUGACCAUUUCCUAUAUUGUCUUCGCCAGAUGUCUUGGUGGAGCUAUUUCAGCAAACUUAGCUGAUUUGGCUUAUGCUUCUACGUUUGUAAACAAAUUCAGAAGUCUUCUCUCCAAGCUGACAGACCCAACCAUUUUGAGUGAGUUAGGAUCAAUGAGCCCAUACGAAUUGCUUCAUUCUUCCACUCGGAUCAAUUCACUUUCUAUAGUUUCCCAACAGUUCGUGAAGAACCAAUAUGUUGCAGCCAUCAACAAUGUCUAUUACAUGUGCAUUGCCUUCGCUUGUGUUUCCUUGGUUGGAUGUAUUCUUACAACCAACAAGAUGCUUCCUCAGGAAGAAAUCUCUAAUAAUGAUGCAACAGUUGUUAACCGUAGUGAAAAAGAAGACGUCGAUAAUGCAGUAUAA